GAGCCGGUCAGGACUGGGCCCUACGCACUUUGCGUAACAAGGGGGGUUACCCUAGGCCUGGUGCUUGGCUUUGGGCUAGCCCGGCCUAUCCCUUGUAAGGGAGUGGGUGGGGGGCGAGGCUGAGGAAGAACAGAAAAGGGGUUGAGGCGGUUGAGAGGGAUUAUAGUUUCUUUAAAGAGGGAGGGUAGGAAGAGGCCAUGGCCGUCCCAGCCAAGAAGAGGAAGAUGAACUUCUCUGAAAGAGAGGUGGAGAUCAUCGUGGAGGAGCUGGAACUCAAGAAGCACCUGCUGGUGAACCACUUCAACGCCGGGGUCCCCCUGGCUGCCAAGAGCGAGGCCUGGCACAGCAUCCUGAGAAGGGUCAACGCUGUUGCCACCUGCCGCCGGGAACUGCCCGAGGUCAAGAAGAAGUGGUCUGACCUCAAGACUGAGGUUCGUCGCAAGGUUGCCCAGGUCCGGGCAGCUGUGGAGGGAGGCGAGGCUCCAGGGCCCACGGAGGAGGAUGGAGCUGGUGGGCCUGGGGCAGGUGGUGGCAGUGGCGCCGGUGGCCCCGCUGUUGCCCCUGUACUGCUCACCCCCAUGCAACAGCGCAUCUGCAACCUGCUGGGCGAGGCCACCAUCAUCAGCCUGCCCAGCACCACAGAGAUCCACCCAGUGGCCCUCGGACCCACAGCCACUGCAACUGCAGCCACGGUCACCCUGACACAGAUCCCCACAGAGACCACCUAUCACACACUGGAGGAGGGUGUGGUGGAGUACUGCACAGCUGAGGCCCCCCCACCCCUGCCGACUGAGGCCCCUGUGGAGAUGCUCACACAGCACACAGACACUUCAGUCAAGCCACAGGCGCUUAAGAGCCGCAUUGCCCUCAACUCCGCCAAACUGAUCCAGGAGCAGCGGGUCACCAAUCUGCACGUGAAGGAGAUUGCCCAGCACCUGGAGCAGCAGAAUGACCUGCUGCAGAUGAUCCGCCGUUCCCAGGAGGUACAGGCCUGUGCCCAGGAGCGCCAGGCCCAAGCCAUGGAGGGCACCCAAGCAGCCCUGAGUGUCCUAAUCCAGGUUCUUCGGCCCAUGAUCAAAGAUUUCCGCCGCUACCUGCAGAGCAACACGCCCAGCGCAGCCUCUGCCUCAGACCCUGGACAGGUGGCCCAAAACGGGCAGCAGGACAGCAUCAUCCAGUGAGGGCCAGGGUAGAACCAGCCUUCUACUGUGAGGGGAUGACACCAUUCUGGUCUUGUCAGUGGCUUUCUAAAAUGAGGGCCAGCCGCAUGGACAGCUCUGUCUCUAAUGAGCACGUAGGGGUCUACUGUUUCUAAGGAAUGAAGGAGACUGGGAAGAAGAACUUGCCUGGCUUCUGUGACCCAAAUGGUCCAACCCUACCAGUAGAGCUGCCUUGCUAAGAACCCAAAGAUUGGUUAGCUGGGGGGUAGGUCUGGUGGUGGCUCUUGUGUUAUCAGGAGCCAGGGCUCGUGACAUGGUCCAGAUUCAGUCUAGACCAACCUUAGGGAAGGCUUUACUGGAAGCUGUUAUAUAGCCAGGGUACUAUGCUGACAAAUACUGGUCUAAUUUCAGUUGCUGUCCUGCAACAGGAAGGACCCAUAGACCUUCCUUUGACCAAGGUGAUCAAGGAAUCAGGGAGGCACUUUAUCAGUGAAUACCCUACUCCCACCUUCUCUUCUGUUUGGUCAUAGAGACCUGGAGGUUGAGAAAGCCCUUUGGGUGCCAUCCAUUUGACAGUGGUGCUGGCUGUAAUGUCUUCUUCCUCUAUUCAUAGCAAUAUCUUCCCAUGCCCUGGGCAGGCAGAGUGACUGAGCCUAAGGAGGAAGCCCUGCCCCUUACUCCUCACUGUGCCUCAGUUCUCAGGGGACUCUGGUCAAUGCCAUGCUCCUUCCACAGCGCUCCACUCCAUCAGCAGGGAUCUUUGUUAAUUCCUUGGUUGCCAAUCUACCCAGAGUGUGGCCCUGUGCUGUGUGGUGGGUACCACUUGGCCACCCUCGGGGUCUUCCACCAUAUCCAUGGGUUGCCCUUUGGUGGGUUGUCCCAAUAGUUUGACUCUCAGGUCAAACACCAGGCUCUGGAUAUUGUAAAUCUUAGAGAAAGCAGACCAGCAUGGAAACUUGGUACCCACUACAAUGGGUCUUCAGUGACCUAUUGGCUUCUUCCAGAAAGUUCAUUUCAAGUCAGUUAUACUUAUUCUAUCCAUGAACCCAUCCUGAGAAGGCCUCUAAGGCUUCUGAGAGCUAUGCUGACCACACAUUUCCAAAACUCAGUGCCCCGCCUCAUACCCCAGAGUCCUUCAACACAUUAUUCAAUGCCUCGUGUUUUUGUAAGACCCCCACUGACCGGGGAAUCUGAAGGCUUGAUUGGCCCUGAAUGUAUGAGGUGGGGGAGUGGAAAGAGACUAAGAACUGUGACCUUCGGUUUCUGUGCUGGGAGACAAGCAGACAGUUCUUGGAGUGCUGAAGGAAGUGGUGUUUCCUUUUCCAUCUGAACCCCUUGUCCCUGUUUGUAAGGAGUUCACCCAGAUAGCAUUUGUCUAUUUCAUUUCCAAAAUCACCGUUGACUACCAAGACCCUUCUAGCUGCCCAGAUCAUUCCUCUGGUGAGUUAUUUUGCUGCUGAGGCCUUGGACAUUGUCACCCGAUGGUGACAGCUCAAGGCUCCAGAUCUCAGCUAAACAGUGAAGGUGCUGUCUAGUGGCCACAUAUGUUUGGAAUUGCUCUGAUCUGCUGUUGCAGUAAUUGGAAGAUUCUCUCCAAAGGUGGUUGAAAUGUGACUGCCGUGCCACCAACUGCUCUGCGGAGGUAUGUACUGUGCCAGAUACAGAGAGAUGGAAAGAAAUUGAACUGGGAGGAAGCCAGGUGGCAGGAGGAGACCUCUUCUAUGAUGGAAGGCAGUGGUUCCUGGCAGCCUGUGCACAGUGUCUGCCCCCCAGUGGAUGGCCCCAGAUGGGUAGCUGCAAGGACUUCUGAAGAUUUUCCACUUGGUACUGUUUCUGUCUCUGGGGUUGGAAAUCUGAGCCAAUACUGUGUCUGUUCUAACUGGGUAUAAAGAUGAAACCUGGGUCACUUAAACUGGUUCCUUCCAGUUUAUAAUUUUAAAUUAAAGAAACAUCAGCCUUUUUAUACACACUUGUGUCUUUAUUGGUUAUAUAGAGAAGAGAGGGGCCUGCAGGUCAUACCCAAGUCCACCUCCUAUAUUUGUAAAUAAAGUUAUUUUGUUUGUUUUCCAA